AUGAUUAAACACAUUUCCCUCAUUGACAUCAGCAGCAACAACAUCUCUAGUUUACCAAAUAAAUCGUUCGACACGCUACCAAAUCUGGAGGAGCUCAUCCUCUCCAACAACCAGAUCGAACAAAUCGACAGCGAAGCCUUCUACGGGCUGUCGAGCCUCAAAAAGCUGGUGCUGCAAAAUUGCGCCCUCACGCGAAUCCCAUCCGAUGCCCUGCGCCGGAUUCGCACCCUCGCCGCCCUCCACUUGGACAGCAAUCUGAUUGCCGACGUGGAGAACGUAACCUUUCGUGGGUUCAACUAUCUGAAGAGUUUGAGACUGGAAGGCAAUCUGCUGCAACGGAUCCCGACGGAGGCGUUGAUCGGAUUGAGAUCACUAGAAGCUUUAAAUUUAGGAAGUAAUUUAUUAACUACUAUUAAGGCAGGAGAUUUUCCACUUUUGGAGAAUCUUCAUAUUUUAUUAGUGAAGAGAAAUCAAAUAAGUGAAAUCACUUCCGGUGCUUUAACCAAUUUAACUCGUUUAAAAGUUUUAGAGUUAGAUGAUAAUGUGUUAAGUUCAGUGCCUGUUGGCUUAGAGAAUCUCGUGAUGCUGCAAGAACUGUCAGCAUCCGGCAACCGCAUCCGAUGGAUCUCGAAGGAUGAUUUCCCGAAAAGUCUAGUCACAUUGGAGCUCAGGUCCAACCCGCUGGUUGGCAUCAAGCCAGGCGCGCUGCAGAACAUGCCCCGGCUCCGGAAGUUAAUUCUUUCGGACGUCCGGGGACUCCAGGAACUACCUCCGCUGGAUGGCUGCACUUCGCUGGAAGUGCUGCGGAUCGAUCGAGCUAACCUAACCAAACUACCUGACCAUAUGUGUAAGACUUCGCCGCGCUUAAGGAGUUUAGACUUGAAAUCCAAUAGAUUGAAAAGCAUUCCAAAUGUGACAAACUGCCGUGAUUUAAGAGUGUUGUAA